UAAAACGACAACUACUUCUCCUGUAAAAUGGUUCUUGAAUAGUCUUCUCCUUCCUCCCCACACAAACCACUCCGAAGCUUCUAAGCGAGGAAAACCUCUUUCGCUCCGAAGCUUCUUGAAAUGUCAAAGCUUGGUCUCCUUCGAACCGCAAUGAGCUCAAAAUUUUCCUCUAUUCGUACGGUGCGGACUACCUAUAAGCAUGGCUUCGUCGCCUUCCCCGCAAGGCAGUUUUCGACCGAAUCAGAACCGCAGCAGACACAGGACCAAGCCGUCGAUUCCUUUCUUAGAACCUCAGCCCCUGGUUCAUUAUAUGCAAAAUUGACUGGUUGUAUUACUAGAAAUACAUUGAAGACGGAUAUUGUAAAUUUGCUAGAAGGGUGCAACUUGAGUCUGGAGGAUGUCAAAGUUGAGUAUUUUAGGGACUACAAUCCCUCUGCAAUGUUGGUGCAUUUUGAUUCUCCCCAGGCUUAUGAUCAGGCAUUUAAGAUGAUUAUGAGAAAGGGCCGCUUUUAUAAAAUGGAGAAGGUUGCGAAAUCACAAUGGGACACCAUAGCGCCUUAUGAUGGAAAAACUGUUCUACUUCAAGGAAUCCCGCUAAAUGCAGUUCCAGAAGAUGUUGCACGCUUUCUGUCUGGUUGCGAGUUCGAUGCAUCCUCCAUCCAGAUUUUUCAGAAAGCAACAGUCCCGGAUAAGAUGGCAACUGUACGCUUCCCUACUCAAACUAAGGCAAUGAAUUGUUUCAUCACCAAGAACAAGGGAUUCUGUCUGAAUAAUCAAGUCUUGGUUCGUGUACUCCAGUGAUGGUUCUUUUUUUUUUUUCUUUUAGGAGAAACGGUAUUGAAUUGCAGCAUGAUAUAAAAAAAUGAGGAGAGGAGUUUGUAAGAUUUAACAAGUUUCUACUUAGCCAUAGAAAUUGUGGCUUUAUGUAAUUCGGUGUUAUAAGAGUUUUUCUUUUCAAUUAAUGCUCAUCCUUUCUGAAAGCAUGUUUAAACACUAAAAUAAAAAGACAAAAGUUCCUAUGGUUUUGAGA